CAAAAAUAUUCCCCAAGUUAAUCAAGUCUAUACACAAAACACAAAAUGACACGUCUCUUUAAAUAGAAACAUUGUGACCGGCUCACACGAAUUUCCACUCCUAAUUUUGGGUAUUUAUUAGUAUGUACCUUAUUAUUAUUUUUUUUUCUCUUUUGUUUGAAUUCAAAUUUUUGAGUUUUAGAAAAGGAGAUUGUUAUUGAGACUUUAAAAAUUUUAUAAUGCACACUUUGCAAUUGUAUUUUUUAUUUUAAAUAAAUAUUUAAAGUGUGUAAUAAAAAUUUUAGAAUAUUAAUAACAUUUUCUUAAAAAAAAAAAAAACCUAAAUGUAGGUGAGUUAGUCAACGUUCAUUUAACUCAUACCUGGCAAAAUUGAAUCAGAAAUUUCCCUCCUUUUAUUUUAUUUUAUUUAAUUACAGGGUAUAUUGUUGGGUCCUCCUUCCUCCCUCCCUCUUCUUCUUCAGCGUACUUUAACGCUUCGCUUCACUCACUCCACUGCAGAAUUCGGGUCCGAUCCGUACCCACUCGAGAACUCGCCGAUUUGGAAGUCAGACGAUGAAGAAAGGCAACCGCCGCGCACAGCGAACCGCCGACGCAUCCACCGGCGAUGAUUACGAGAAGAAAUUUCACCAAUUGGAGCUUGAAAAUAAAGCAUAUCAGAAGGAGCUUGAGGAGCUGAGAUUCAAGCUAGCAAAUGGUUCAUCCACUUCUUGUGACAGCAGUGCUCAAAAGCUGAGAGAGGAUUACAUUCAAAAGUUGACUUUCCUUGAGGAUCAGGUUGCAGUGUUGACGAAGAAGCUAGAUGCUCAGUCUCAACUCUCGGUUCUUAGAAGAAGGGGCGAUGAGCCUACAAAGCAGUUACAGUUCGAGAUUCAGAGGUUGCAGGCUCAGAAGGUUCAAGUGCAAUGUAAGAUGAAGCUUGAGUCUGUGCAGUUCAGAUUGCAAAGGGUUUCCCUGGAAAAAGAAGUUCUUCAGCUCAAAAAAGAGGGUAGGAAGAAUGAACAUGAGAUGCAUAAGCUAUUGGACUCCAAUCAAAGACUGAAGAAGGUUUUGCAUCGAAAGAAUAUGGAAGCUUUCAUGGCCACUAAACGGCUCAGGCAGCUGUUAGAAUCUCGCAAGGCUUUGUUGCACAAAAAAGGUGCUAAAAAUGGGUAGAUUGAAGCAAUUCAGGGUACUGAAUAUGAGUUUAACGAAACAGCAGAGUUACACGAACUAUGUGCUCAAUAUGAACGUCAUAUAGAAGAGAUGGCUGAGGAAGCUGAAAACCUGAAGGAUGAAGCUGAGGCGCAGCAGCAAGAAAUGCCGAGGUGCACAUGCCAGGAGCAAGAGGAUGACUGCUUGGAGAAGGAUUUAGGUAUAAAAGAUCUGAAGGAACAAUUCGUUAGUCUAAGUAGUAUGGUUGGACAACUAAGGCCGCUUGAUGUUGGGAAUAAGUCACAGGGAACUAUGAGCCAACAUUCUAUUUCUGUUGGGAGUAAUAGUUACAAGUUAGUGGAGGACAUCACCCCAUCUGCCUCAGAAAACUCGAACGUUGUAAAAGUUAAAACUGCAUCAACAGUGUGCUGGUCAUGCAGUAAGAGUUCCUUGUGCAAGACGAUGAAAUGCAGAUGUCGAUCCACGGGUGGCAGCUCUGGGGCAUCAUGUGGCUGUGUUGCCUCUAAGUGCAGCAAUAGGGGAUUGACAGUUCAAAUUAAGUUGAAUGAGUCGUCACAAUCAGAGACGGUUGAUGGCAUUUUGAACUGUUCAGAUACAACUGAAGUGGAGAAGGAUAGCUCAGUGGCUUAUCAAGGUGCAAUGCUACUUCAGAAUGCUUUAGUUCAGAAGCCUGCAUAGCCGAAUGACAAUCUUGGGCCAAGAAAGAAACUAUUACCUGAUAUUGGGAACCUACUGAAUUGUGUUUUUACGGUGAAUGCAGACGCUUCAAAACCUGCCCCAAAUAAAAAGGGACGACAGCCAGCAAUUCGACUUGUUAAUGUAAAUGCUGAAGGCAAAAAAGGAGCAGAGGGUGCAAUGCAAGCAGAAGGUUAAGAUAAAAUUUUCGUCACGAAAGAGAACCGCUGUAGCGAGACAGUGAUGGAGAAGGAGAGUCACUGUAGUGAGGCAUUGGUUGAGAGAAUCACCGUGUUGAACUCUCAGAUAUAAUUGAUAGAAAGUCGGAUUUACGAUAGAGAUGUCUUUGAUUUGGAUGAAAUACCAUUCAGUUUUUUCUUCUUUCGCUUUGAAUGCCAUUUUGGUCUCGAAUUGAAAUCUAGUUA